UUUUUUUUUUUAAAAAAAAAAAAAUUCGGGUUUUUUUGAAACAAAAUUUCUUUUGCCGUAUCACAUUUUGUCUGACUUUUUCACGUCCCUUUAAAGGGGUAAGCUUAGAGUUCAGCAAAAAUUUAUGAUUGACGCUUAGUUAUUUAUAGAAUAACAACAAUAAUAAUAGUAGUUGAAUUAUUCCGGAAAGAAACGAGGAUUGUGGAAUUCGUUCAUAAAAUAACCAACUAUAUAUAUUUUUACGUACUUUAUAUAAAUCUUUCUGUAAAUAACGAAUUAUGGCCCAAGGACUUCGUUUCGACGGACGCACUGUCAUUGUUACAGGAGCUGGGGGUGGUCUUGGGCGUGCAUAUGCUCUAGCUUUUGCAUCUCGUGGUGCCAAUGUUGUAGUUAAUGACCUUGGCGUAUCUCGAGGUGGGGAUGGUUCAUCUUCUGCAGCUGCAGAUAAAGUAGUCGAGGAAAUUAUCAAAGCUGGUGGUAAAGCAGUUGCCAAUUAUAACUCGGUUGAAGAUGGUGAUAAAAUUGUUGAAACUGCUAUGAAAGCGUUUGGAAGGGUUGAUAUUGUAAUUAAUAACGCUGGUAUUUUACGUGAUAAAUCAUUCUCAAGAAUGACCGAUAUUGAUUGGGAUCUUAUUCAAGCCGUACACGUUCGUGGUUCAUAUAAAGUAACAAAAGCAGCUUGGGAUAUUUUCCGAAAACAAAAGUUUGGUAGAAUUAUUAAUACGGCAUCAGCUGCUGGCAUUUAUGGAAAUUUUGGACAAGCAAAUUAUAGCGCAGCUAAACUUGCCCUUGUAAGCUUCACUGAAACACUUGCUAAAGAAGGAGUAAAGUCUAACAUCCACGCCAAUGUGAUCGCUCCAAUUGCAGCUUCUAGAAUGACAGAAACUAUUAUGCCACCAGAUGUUCUCGCAGCUCUUAAACCUGAAUAUGUAGCACCUCUCGUUUUAUACUUAUGUCAUGAAUCUACUGAAGAAAAUGGCAGUCUAUUCGAAGUCGGAGCUGGUUUCGUUGCUAAACUCAGAUGGGAACGUUCCAAAGGUGCUGUUUUCAAGGCUGAUGAUACUUUCUUACCAGGUUGUGUAGCCGCAAAAUGGAAUGAAAUUACGGAUUUUAUAAAUCCUGAUUUUCCAGCUUCAAUGGGUGAUGCUGACUUUAUCGGAUUACUUGAGAAAGCAAAAUCCCUACCCUCUAAUCCAAAAUCCGAUGAUCUUAGAUUGGAUGGUAAAGUUGCUGUUAUAACAGGAGCUGGUGGUGGUUUAGGUCGCGCAUACGCUUUGUUAUUGGGAAAAUUGGGAGCUUCUGUUGUUGUUAAUGACCUUGGAGUGAGUACUCAUGGUCAAGGAUCUACUUCAAGUGCAGCUGAUAAAGUUGUUGAGGAAAUUAGACAAGCUGGUGGUAAAGCUGUUGCAAACUAUGAUUCCGUUGAAAACGGAGAUAAGGUCGUUGAUACUGCUAUAAAAGCUUUUGGACGUGUAGACAUUAUUAUAAAUAAUGCUGGUAUAUUGAGAGAUAAAUCUUUUGCCAGAAUGACAGAUCAAGAUUGGGAUUUAGUACAAAAAGUCCAUUUGCGAGGAACCUACAAGGUUACCAAAGCAGCUUGGCCUUAUCUUACAAAACAGAAAUACGGUCGUAUAAUCAACACCGCAUCUUCUGUCGGUUUAUAUGGUAACUUUGGUCAAGCUAACUAUAGCACAGCAAAACUCGGAAUCUUAGGAUUCAGUAAUACUCUUGCUUUAGAAGGACGCAAAAGUAAUAUUCUUGUCAAUACAAUUGCACCAAAUGCUGGUACUCGCAUGACUGCUACUAUAUGGCCACCAGAUAUGAUCGAGGCUUUUAAACCUGAUUACGUUGCUCCAUUUGUUGGUUAUCUCGCACAUGAGGCAUGUCAAUCAACUGGCAAUGUUUUUGAAGUAGGGGGUGGCUGGGCUGCUCAAGUACGUUGGCAACGUGCUGGCGGAGUCGGUUUUCCGACAUCUAAAGCUUUAUCUCCAGAAGAUAUUGCUUCGAAAUGGAAUGCAAUAACCAAUUUCGAUGAUGGGCGUGCCACCCAUCCAGCAGCCACACAAGAAGCACUACAACAAUUCUUUGAAAACUUUGCUAAUGCACAAAAAGCUGAAUCUGGACAAUCUAAAUCCGGAAGUAGUGGUAAAAUUGAUGUAGAGGCUGCAAAAAAAAGAAAAUUUGAAUCUAAUGUGUUCGAAUAUAAAGAGAGAGAUGUAAUUCUUUAUGCUCUAGGGGUUGGUUCAACUCGCAAAGAUUUACAAUGGGUAUAUGAAAAUAGCGAAAAUUUCUCUGUUAUACCAACAUUCGGUGUCAUUCCAGCAAUCAAUUUAUUACAUAUUUUUCCAAUGAAUGAAAUUCUUGGCGAUUUCAAUCCGAUGAUGCUUUUACACGGUGAACAAUAUCUUGAGCUUAAGAAACCAAUUCCUACUUCUGGAAAAUUGAUAUCAACACCAUAUGUUAUUGACGUCCUUGAUAAAGGAAAAGGAGUAUCAUUUGUUUUUGGUGUAACUACCGCGGACGAAAAAGGCGAGAUUAUAUUUGAAAAUCAGAUAACUUUAUUCAUUCGUGGGAUUGGAGGUUUUGGUGGCAAAAAGAACGGUGAAGAUCGUGGUGCUGCUACAGCUUCAAACAAACCACCAAAUCGCGCCCCAGAUGCUGUAGUACAAGAGAAAACAAGUGAAAACCAAGCUGCCUUAUAUCGUUUAAGUGGUGAUUAUAAUCCAUUACAUAUUGAUCCUAAUAUGUCCGCAAUGGGAGGUUUUGAUGUUCCGAUUCUUCAUGGAAUGUGUACUUAUGGUAUUUCCGGAAAACAUAUUUUGUCUACAUUUGGUAAAAACGAUCCAAAUACUUUUAAAAGUAUCAAAGCUCGAUUGGCUGCACCGGUAUUCCCUGGUGAGACGCUCGAGACUCAAAUGUGGAAGGAGGGUAGUAAGGUAAUUUUUCAAACUCGUGUAGUUGAACGCGAUGUUAUUUGCGUUGCAUCAGCUGCAGUGGAAUUGAAAGAUUCAGCCGAUUUGGGAGCUAGUUCUGGAACUUCAUCAGCUGCUUCAAGCGAUAGUCUCUCUGUAUCUGGAUUCCAAGCAUCAUCAGUAUUUGAGCAGCUCAAAGCUGGAUUAAAUUCUUCUUCCCCAGCAGAACGUCAGGCACAAGUAAAGAAGGUAAAAGGAUCCUUCCAAAUAGAUGUUACAAAUGCAGAAGGCAAGAAACAAUCAUGGUACAUAGAUUUUAAGACAGGAGAUGGUGCGGUUGGUGUUGGACCAUCACCAAAGAAAGCUGAUGCUAUAAUUGGAGUGAGUGAUUCUGACUUCUUGGAGUUAGCAAGUGGCAAAUUGAAUGCACAGAAGGCAUUUAUGUCUGGCAAACUUAAGAUUAAAGGUAAUAUGAUGCUUGCUACAAAACUUGGAGAUAUUUUGGCUGGAGGAAAAUCAAAAGCCAAAUUGUAAAAAAUAUAAUAAAUUCAUUAAAUUAUAACUUUUAUAAUAUAAAAAAAAAUUAUUUAAAAAUUUGUGAAUGAAUAUUUUGUUAUAUAAUUUCAUUAUAUUUGAUUUAGUUCUUUUUAUUUUAAAUAAAUAUUUAUAUUUAU